CAGCCCGCACUGAACAUGGCGGGGCCGGCGCGGGCGCGGAGCGGGGUCAUAGGAGGAGGAAAGGGAAGUGACGCCCGCCCCCCGUCCCGGCGGCGGCGGUGACGGGCACGGCCGGGGCCAGCGGGGCUCCGUGAGGGACAGAGGCCGGGACAGGGAGCUCACUGCAGCAUGGCAGAAGCCUCUGUCUCUCCACUGAAGCACUUUGUGCUGGCCAAAAAGACCAUCACUGCCAUCUUCGACCAGCUGCUGGAGUAUGUCACUGAGGGAGCAGCGUUUGUGGAAGCCACAUAUAAGAACCCAGAGCUUGAUCAAAUAGCAACAGAAGAUGAACUAGCAAAAAUACAAGCAUAUAAAAACAAGUUGGCAGUCAUUGGAGAGGUGCUCUCACGGAGACACAUGAAAGUGGCAUUUUUUGGCAGAACAAGCAGUGGGAAAAGUUCAGUCAUUAAUGCAAUGCUGUGGGACAAGGUACUUCCCAGUGGGAUUGGCCAUACAACAAACUGCUUCCUCAGUGUGGAAGGGACUGAUGGAGAUAAGGCUUAUCUUAUGACAGAAGGAUCAGAUGAAAAGAAGAGUGUCAAGACAGUCAAUCAGCUGGCUCAUGCACUUCACAUGGAUAAAGAUUUGAAGGCUGGCUGUCUCGUCCAUGUCUUUUGGCCCAAGUCAAAGUGUGCCCUGCUGAGAGAUGAUUUGGUUAUAGUGGACAGUCCUGGCACAGAUGUCACUACAGAACUGGAUAGCUGGAUUGACAAGUUCUGCUUAGAUGCUGAUGUGUUUGUCUUGGUUGCCAAUUCUGAAUCAACUCUCAUGAACACGGAGAAACAUUUUUUCCAUAAAGUGAACGAACGACUUUCCAAGCCAAACAUCUUCAUCCUCAAUAACAGAUGGGAUGCUUCUGCAUCAGAACCAGAAUACAUGGAAGAUGUGCGUAGGCAGCACAUGGAGCGCUGUCUGACGUUCCUGGUCGAUGAGCUCAAAGUUAUUGAUCCUGUGGAAGCAAGGAAUCGCAUCUUUUUUGUUUCAGCAAAAGAAGUUCUGAGUGCCAGGACACAGAAGGCCCAAGGAAUGCCAGAGAGUGGUGGAGCACUUGCUGAAGGAUUUCAAACAAGAUUCCAAGAAUUUCAGCAUUUUGAGCAGAUAUUUGAGGAGUGUAUCUCGCAGUCAGCCGUGAAAACCAAGUUUGAACAGCACACUAUCAGAGCUAAACAGAUAAUAGAUACUGUGAAAAACAUUAUGGACACCAUAAACGUUGCAGCAGCAGAGAAAAGAGUACAUUCCAUGGAAGAGCGAGAGGAUCAGAAGGACAGGCUGGACUUUGUGAGAAAUCAGCUGAACAUUUUGACAGAAGACACCAAGGAAAAAAUCAAACGCGUUACCGAGGAAGUCGAAAACAAAGUCUCCUCUGCCAUGACUGAUGAGAUUUGCCGGCUUUCAGUUUUAGUUGAUGAAUUUUAUUCUGAUUUUCACCCUUCUCCUCAUGUAUUGAAGCUCUAUAAGACAGAACUGAACAAACAUAUAGAAGACGGUUUGGGAAAGAACCUGGCUGAGCGUUGCUCCAGUGAAGUCAACCAGUCAAUGCACCAGUCCCAGCAGGAGAUGAUUGAAAAUCUGAAACCAUUGUUGCCUUCUAGUGUUCAGGAUCAGCUCCACUUGCUAAUUCCAUGCAGGAAGUUUGAUCUUAGCUAUGAUCUAAACUGUCAUAGCCUGUGUGCAGAUUUUCAAGAGGAUAUCAUGUUCCACUUUUCUUUGGGAUGGACUUCUCUUGUAAACCGUUUCUUGGGUCAUAAACAAGCUCAGAAAAUACUCCUGGGAUUAGCAGAUCCAAACCUACAUAUCCCUCGUCCUUUAGCCAGCACCCCGUCUGCCGCCAGCCUUCCCGCCAUAACUCCUGAGAACAUGCCCCAGGAUGAGUUCAUGGUUCCUUUGGUGUUGAGUUUAGCCUCGCUGACAUCCCGGACCUCCAUGAGCAUCAUCAUUGUUGGUGGAGUGAUAUGGAAAACCGUAGGCUGGAAACUGAUCUCAUUGUCCAUGAGCAUGUACGGGCUGCUGUACCUGUAUGAGAGGCUGACCUGGACCACCCGGGCCAAGGAGAGAGCUUUCAAGCAGCAGUUUGUGAACUACGCCACCGAGAAGCUGCAGAUGAUCGUCAGCCUCACCAGCGCCAACUGCAGCCACCAGGUGCAGCAGGAAAUGGCCACUACUUUUGCUCGGCUCUGUCAGCAGGUGGAUAUUACUGAGAAAAACCUGGAAAAAGAAAUAGCUAGGCUUUCCAAAGAAAUAGAUCAGCUGGAGAACAUACAAAGCACCUCCAAGCAGCUGAGAAAUAAAGCCAUUCACCUUGAGAACGAACUAGAUCGCUUCACAAAACAAUUUCUUCAAAAGAGUAAAUAAAACAUCAUUGUGAACCUU